AUGGCCGAUGUUACCUGGGCCCUGGCUAUUCUUGCAGGUAAGGAUAGUUUUUCAAUGUAUUCGGUCAUUAAUUUAAUCAUCCCUUCUGUGUGUGUAUCACUGAUGUAAUAGUAGACUGGAUAUAGGGUGAUCGCUAGAUAGUAUACUUCAAAAUAAGGUUUCCGUUUUUAUAACGUAGAAAAAAACUAUCCUAACGCAAAACUAAGCCCUAACCCUAAUACUAACCCUCACCCUAACCCAAACCUAACCCUAACCUAAACCUAAACCCUAACCUAACCCUAACUUAUUUUAAUUAUUUUAAAAAUUGAUAUAAAAACGGAAACCAUAUUUUGAAGUAUACUAUCUAGCAAUUGCCCUGGAUAUAGGUCCUCUAUAGGUGUGAAAAGUGAAACCAAAUUAUAUAUGCGAAAAUCACUUCCGGGGACCAUGGAGUGAUACAAAUUACUAUAGAAAUGUAUGGCGAACAACGUGAACCAAGGUGAAUUUUCCCGAAUUUGAGAUACAUUGCGAAGUUUUACCAAGCUGAUCGCUCCACCGUGGAAAAAAUAUGUUAUGUUAAUGCUUUUAAAACGAGAAUUAUCCAGAUUGCCCUAAAAAAUCGUCAGUUUUGUUCGUUCAAAGUUGUCCAUGCGGGAAUAAUAUUUUAUCGCCACAGUGGUAUGACAACACAAUUUCUAGUUUGCUUUCCAAUUACGGAGACAGAAUAUGAUCAAGCAAACUUUUAAAGGGAAGUAAAGAGUUCUUUUAUCAUUUAUGUUUAACCUUGAUCGACCAGAAGGUUUCAAACUUUCAAAUUACCAUCUUAAUAAGCCUUUUUACAAUAUAUAUAUAUAUAUAUAUAUAUACUGUAGUCAGUACAUUGUCUAAUACUGUGGUAGUUCUAAAGAUAUGUAAUAAAUAUAUUUGUACUUUUAGUACUUGUUUUUAUUUGUUAUUCUGUUAAACUGGAAGACAAUCUUAAUGAAGCUUUCUGUAGUAUAAAGAGUGAAUCUACUUUUAUAUUGCAGUUGAAUUUUGAACUUUCAUUUCUAGAGUUUAUUUAUUGUUCUUAUAGAGACUCCAGAGGCUGAGUGUAUUGUUCAUUAAUUUUGAUCAUUCAUUUAUAUAUAAACGUUUGUUAUUGUAAAAUAUCCAUUGAUGCUUUUCUACCAAAUUCCCAGCAUAUAUAUGGUGUCCCAAAAAAUGUCCCCUCUGUUGUUGGUUAAUUACUGUGAAUAAAGGCUGGUUUCCAUAUGGUCAUAACGGUCAUAAAAAUAGAGUGACAAUUUUCUCAAAGGUCAGUAUAUAAUAGUUUAUACCUGUAAACCACAUAUAAAUCAUAAGUAUUCCCUAGUUAUAAUCACUCUGCAUAUUGUCAGUUCUAAAAUGUUGUAUUUCGGCUGAUGUUUCUAAAGAUUGUGACUCAAUCUUUUGACCAUAAGGAAACUAGGCUUUAUUACUACUUAACCAAUAACCAGUGGCGCCGUGGCCGGUUUGUCGGAAAAUUACUGCCCUAGCCCCCCAAAAAACAUGGGUCCCAUGGCGUCACUGCCAACAACAGAGGGGACAUUUUUUGGGACACCCAAUACAAGUGCCUGUGGGUUUAUACACACCCCAAGCCCAGCGGUAUUCAAAAAAGAAUCACUGGUUAGAGUUCAAAUCAAGCCUUAAUAAAAUAUUUUUCUUCCUGGCAGCAGGCUUCCCAGACCAAAAAUUUCCUGCCAAUUUUUUUUAUAAAUUUGAAUUUUGAUUGUAAUUCAAUAACAGCGUUGUGUAUUUAACAAUUAUUCACUGAAGGCGAGGUGAUUAGUUGGGGGAAUAUUCGCUGAGAUGAAGAUUUGACCAAUCAACAUGUAGGAUUUGUUAUGUUCACAUGUGGAAAAUACUAAACUACCUUACUAAUUAGUCAUAUACUACCUCAAUAUUAAGAAAAAUAUAGGUUUACUAGAAUUAGAACAUGAAGCAAUUCUAUGAAACAGUAUUUGAAUUUUGUUUUCCGGUUGUAAAUCUGAAUUUAUAUCAGCAUUCAUGCACUAUUCAAUAAUAGUAGUAAGCCCUUGUGUUCCACAUGUAUCAUAACCAUGAUAACAGACAGUCGUAUAUAGCACUGCCACAUGAUACAAAUUUUUAUGUUAUGAUUGUUGUAUUUAUGCUCUAAUUGUGAUGUUUGUUACUUGCAACCUCAUACCCAGGAUGCAACCUCAUACCCAGGAUGACUCUUACUAUAAAGCCUUUUUACAAAAUACAUAGACAUGUCUUAGUUGGUACUAUAAAAGAUAUUUGUAGUUAAUUUAUAGAUAUUGAAUGAUAACUUAAAUUAGAGAUAAUUUCAUCAAUAAUUGGCCAAGGCAACCUUUAAAAAAGCAUGUAUACUUUAUCUUCUAUUGUCAGAAUAUUAUAUCACACUGUCUAUAGUUGCCUGACAAUUUUACUUUGGUAUCAAUGAGUUGAGUCCAUCAGUGGUUGAGGUUUAAUUAAGCAGAUAAUUAUUUAAAAUUAACUUUGAAUAUAUUCUAUAUUUGUUCUUAUAUUUAUACUCAAUUUAUAGAUAUUGAAUGAUAGAUACACCCCACAUUUUAAAUCAAUUUUAUUGUUCUAAUUCAAAAUUCAACUUCACUAUUAAAGUAGAUUCACUCUACAGAAAGCUUCAUUAAGGUUGCCUUCCAGUUUAAUAAAAAAAGUACUAAAUUAAAAGUACAAAUAUCUUUCAUAGUACCAACUAAGACAUGUCUAUAUAUUUUGUGAAGAGGCUUUAUAGUAAGAUGGAUAAUUGAAAGUUUGAUACCCUCUGGUCGAUCAAGGUUAAACAUAAAUGAUAAAAUGAACUACUAACUUUCCUUUAAAAGUAUGCUUGAGUAUAGUAGAUCAUAUUCUGCCUCUGCAAUUGGAAAGCAAACUAGAAAUUGUGCUGUCAUACCACUGUGGCGAUAAAAUAUUAUUCCCGCAUGGACAACUUUGAACGAACAAAACUGACGAUUUUUUAGGGCAAUCUGGAUAAUUUUCGUUUUAAAAGCAUUAACAUAACAUUUUUUACCCACGGUGGAGCGAUCAGCUUGGUAAAACUUCGCAAAGUAUCUCAAAUUCGGGAAAAUUCACCUUGGUUCACGUUGUUCGCCAUACAUUUCUAUAGUAAUCAGUGGCGUAGCUAGCGGUCCUGCUUGUCCUGCCCAGCAGGACUAAAAAUUCCCCCAAAUUUCCGUACUAAAGCAUUGCUUUAUUGAUCUUGAAGCUUUAAAAAUUUAUCAUUAUCAUAUUGUUAUUUUGUCUCAUUUUCUCGUCUUUUUCGUUAUUAUUUUUUAAAAAGUUUUUCGCAUUUUGUUAUAUUUACGCAAUUUUACAGCUUACCGUGUCUGUUACCUAGCAACUGCAACUUUACAUUGAUUUACACGCGACUCGUAUUUCAGUCCUGCCAUUUUCAAAUGGCAGGACUUGCUAGUAUAUUUCAUAGUAAAUUCAUACAAGAAAUCUUGGUUUCUGAUUGGAUAAUUAGGUCUACGCAUGCUCAAACCGGCUGUUUACAAAUGCGAAGUCCUGCUCUCUCGAAAUGGCAGGACUUGGCCUUGUAUUAUUUUUACUUGCGAGCUUUCCGCGUGACUAAACCCACUUUUCACUAAUUCUGUCGAGAUUACUCAAGUUAUGAAUAUGGAAAUCAACGAGUGUGGAAGCCCAAUGUAAUUUUGAUAUAAUUUCUGGCUUCUACUAAGAUAUUUUAGCUCACGAAAUGCAUGUGAACAGACUCGACUGAUGAUUGUGUAUUUUUAUAAUACAAUAUCAACAAUAUAUUAAAUGGGGAAUACAAACUUCAUUUGUAAAGCCUGUCGUAUUGAUAUAAAGUAAGAACGUAAUAUCUACUGCCAGUUCAUCUGCUUUGUGCAUUUGAAACGAGCACUUAUAUGGAGUUUAAUUUUAAAAAUGAUAUACUGUACCAAUUCACACUGUUUAUGUAGAUAUUUGGCCGCAUAGACUAUAUUAAACGCUAUAUUAUUAAUACCAUAGGCAUAGCUAGGGUACUGAAUUACAUUCAGAGUGCCAGGCGUAGUGAUCUGUCACAUUACUAACAAACGUAGUGAAUGUUUAACGAAUGCUAGCCAUAGCGUUUAUAUAGUGUAUAAAACGCCGUGUUCAACAGUAUAAUAGUUAUGCAAUUGUUGAUUAUGUGAGAUUGGAUUGUGUUGAUCAAGUGAAAGAUCGUAUUACAGACGCGUAUUGUAUACAUGAUAUUUUCCUCUUUCGUGACUUGACUAUAUUUAGCUACAUUUUCAGUUAAGUUGAAAAAUAUAUAGUGAAAUAUGAUAAAAAAUGCAUGGAUUUCAAAAAGUUAUAAAUUUUUUGUCUAAAAAAAAUUAUCAAAAAUUUUCCGCUAAUCACGCAAUUUUUUGAUGUUCCCUUUGGAGUAUUUCGCCGUGAUAUCGCAGGAAAUGGCCAUUCCAGACUUCUAAAAUUCAAAAUUUCCCGGGGUAGCAUGCCCCCGAACCCCCCUAGAAUGUGUGGGUCUUAGAGCAGGACUAGUCAAAUUUCGCUAGCUACGCCACUGAUAGUAAUUUGUAUCACUCCGUGGUCCACGGAAGUGAUUUUCGCAUAUAUAAUUUGGCUUCGCUUUUCACACCUAGAGAAGCUAUAUCCAGUCUACUAUUAACCUGAAGUUCAGGCCCUAAUCACAGAAUAGGGCCUGACACAAAACCUAUCUAAACUGUGAGAUUCCCGUCCAUCUGGUGGACGGGAAAUCAGAUGGUUGAUCAGCAUCAUGAAGGAUUUUGAUUGGUUGCAACUUUACAUAAACAACAGUUUUAAAAAUAUCUCGGUCAACGGCUCAAGGCACAGAAUUAAUAAUAUAAAGGUCAAACGCACGUAACAAAUUCCUUUACCGAUUUCUUCGAAUUUCUUUUCUUUCAUAAUUUAUGGCAGAAAAUAAAUCAAACAAACAGUAUUUUGAAAGGGCUUUAUCAAAAUCUUGGACGAAUUUUGGACAACACGACGCUGAAAGAACAGCCAAACUAGUCAUGUAUGCGAAAGCUUGUUGUUGACGGCCAAGAUGUUCUGCCAACUGGCUUCGCCGGCAAAAGUCUUAUUUUUAAUAUCAGGUCCUACCGCGUUGUUUUCUGAGCUACAUGGCUUCGGCUUCGUGGUACGAUUGAGAAUUUCAUUAUAUUGUCGCUGUUGUUAGCCUCGUUUAUAGUCGUUAGAGUAUUUUAAAAAUGAAAAUUAAGCCCAGCAAAUGACUUUCAGACAAGACAUAACAAAAUAUAAAAUUUAUUGGCUAACGUUUCGUUGUAUUGUUCACAACAUCUUCAGAGAAAUUAAACUUAUUUACAAGCGUGUAUUAUAUAUAUACAAAUAGUUUCAAACGAUUACAGUAUUCAAAUAAGCGAAUAAGAGGAAGGAUGAAAAACAACCUGUCAUUAAAAGCAAUAGUAUUAGUAAAUUAAAGAAAUAAUGGUUAGUAAUUAGAGACCUAGCAAAGCAUUAGAAAAGGUCAAGAGGAGUUGACCUAAUGUUAGCAUUUAAAGUAGGAUUAAGCUUGGAUAUGAAAAGGCUUUCGCGAAUGAGUAAAUCUGCUUCAGAACUAGCAGUGGAAAGGAUUUUAAAAUUAGAGGGUGAAAUUUGAUGUUUAGUGGUAUGGAUAUGAGCGAGUAUGCCUGACAUGGUUGAAACAGAACGUUUCUUUCCAGUCAAAGGUGAAACACCCAUGUGUUCAGACUUCAGAGAUACGCGUGUGUAUGUGUCGGCGAGUUUGACAUACACACGCGUAUCUCUGAACAUAUGGGUGUUUCACCUUUGACUGGAAAGAAACGUUCUGUUUUAACCAUGUCAGGCAUACUCGCUCAUAUCCAUACCACUAAACAUCAAAUUUCACCCUCUGUUUUUAAAAUCCUUUCCACUGCUAGUUCUGAAGCAGAUUUACUCAUUCGCGAAAGCCUUUUCAUAUCCAAGCUUAAUCCUACUUUAAAUGCUAACAUUAGGUCAACUCCUCUUGACCUUUUCUAAUGCUUUGCUAUAGGUCUCUAAUUACUAACCAUUAUUUCUUUAAUUUACUAAUACUAUUGCUUUUAAUGACAGGUUGUUUUUCAUCCUUCCUCUUAUUCGCUUAUUUGAAUACUGUAACCGUUUGAAACUAUUUGUAUAUAUAUAAUACACGCUUGUAAAUAAGUUUAAUUGCUCUGAAGAUGUUGUGAACAAUACAACGAAACGUUAGCCAAUAAAUUUUGAGUCUGAUAGUCAUUUGCUGGGCUUUAAUUUUCAUUUUUAAAUUAUGCUUUCCACCCGGUGUAUCAAUCGUUAGAGUAUAUUUAAUAUCCGCGUCCAGCAAGUUGAGACCUUGAGAAAGCUUGGCAGUCUAGCCGUGCACAGAACUGACUAAUGAAAUCUUUGUUUGCUGUUCUGUUAAAUAGAGAAACUGACUCUUAAUUAUAUAAAAGUACAGUGAAUUUUAAAGUUUAAUUAAAAAGCAAAAUGCACACUCUGCGGACAUGUUCAAUUUUUUUGUGUAACGAAAUCUACAACACUUGUCAAUCAUAUUGCAUGUGUGUCUAAAAAUAACAUGUGGGCGUCCCACGGUCUAGACAGGUUUUGUGUCAGGCCCUAUUUCAAAUUAGGGCCUGAACUUCAGGUUAGUCUACUAUUAGAUCAGUGGUGUGUAUAUGUGUAUCUGCACUGCACGUAUGUGUGUAAGAAUACAAAUUGUUUUCUAACAACGAAAUGCGAAAGAUAAGGAUAGAUAAGGCAUAAUGAUGGACAUCAUGAUGGCAUAGCACCGAGGUUUCAGAAAACAAGAGUCGAGUAAUUAGGUGUCUUCCCUUUCAAUGCUAUAGCAGGAACGCUAGAACCUGUCUCUUCGUGUAUGAAUUUGAUUGUCUAUAAAUAAUAUUAGUCUAGCUAGUUGUCUACGAAUUAUCAAGAUAUUUGAACAUUAUAUUAUUAGUAUUUUGGCACAAGUAAAGAUAACAAAUCCUACACGUUGAUUGGUCAAAUUUGACGUAUUAAGCUGUUAUAUUCACUUACAGGUGAAUAUAACAAAACCGAAAUUUUCAAAAUGGCGGCUAGCCGUUUUGCGGAAGUUACUGAUAAAUAAAUAAGCGAAAUUAAAAUAAAUUCAGAUCCAAAAACACAAAAGACUUGUGUAAAAAUACUAAAACAAUUAUUCGCCUCAGGCCCGGUGAUUAGCGGGGAAUAUUCACCUCGACUUCGUCUCGGCGAAUAUUCCCCGAUAAUCACCUCGCCUUCCGCAAAUAAUUGUUAAAUACUACGCUAUUGUGGGGGAGUUCCAAUAGUUGUCUAUUCAGUAUCUAUGUGUCAAGUUAUGUAUUUGAAUUUUUGAUACCAGAGAUAAACGAAGAAUUUGAACUUUGUGCUUAUCGUUUUAACUGCAGAAUUAUUAUUGUGUGUUAUGAAUAUACUCAACGUACAAACUUCAGUUAUAAGUUAUCUUCGAAAUAAUGAAUUCUUGACAUGUAUUUUGUUUUGUUUUUACAGGACACCAGGAACACAAUUUCUUGGCUUUUGUCAAACAAGUUGAAAGAAGCAAUUACAACAUUUUCAUUUACUUUCUACCGUUGCUUUUAGCGCUUUCAAGUACAAAAUGUAGUCAUAUUUGUUGUCAUUGCAAAUAG